UGGCGAUCGCCAUUCAUAAGCAUUUGUCGUUUGACUGCGCUUGAAGACGGAAAUACGCUGUGUGUGCUCCAGUCUGCGGUUAAAGUGCCCGUUGGAUGUUUGCGGAACUUGGGAUUUUUGUUUUUCGAAGAAACUUGGGGAAAAUAUUUUGGUUUUUAAUUACUAGCGGUGUUUUCCGUUUUACAGUGACGUCUGAAAAUUGUUUAGAAAAGUGUUUUAUUUGUGAUUUAUUUGAAAGAUGAAAACAGUGUGAAGCGGGUUAAACACGGAUCAUGCUUUCCAACUUAUGAUUCACACGGCAACAGUCAACGAGUUUUGACAAGAUUUCCUGGAAAGCCAUACUUAAAAUCAUACUUACGUACAUACAUACACACAUUUAUAUGUGAAUCACAAUAUUUUUAAUUUAAAAGUGUUUGAACUCGCUUUCAAAGAGAACUUCUUUUCGAGAUCGGCAAUUUGUAACAGUUUUUAGCCGGAUAUAAUUAACGAGUGUUGGCUUGGAAUAAUUGGAGUGAUUUGCUUUUUAAACUAAAUCAGUUUGGAUUUGUGGAUAGUUGAUAGCUGAGGGCGAGUGCGAUGCUGUCUCUUAGCAUAAAAUAAAGUGAAAAUUAGUGAGUUUAUUUAAGAAUAACAAAAUAAGUGACAAAAAAUAAUAAUAGUAAUUAAAUAAAAUUAUAAAUUAAUUAAUAAAUUUUAUUUGUGAAUUAAAAAACAGAAAUAUUUUUAAAAUAAAAAGUAUAAAUAAAUAAAUAAAUUUUAUUUGUGAAUUGAAAACAAAAAAUUUAUAUAAUAUGCCAAAGUGAUGCGUAAACGGUUGUGAAUUAAUUCCAAAAUCAUACCAAAAAAAGAUACCGUUAUUUAUGAAAAUUUGAAUGGCGCUUACAUUGAACUACAUUCCCAACGAGAAUAAUUAUGGCAAUUGUAAAUUUAAGUGGAUGAAUUCGGCGCUUUUAUUUAAAAAACUACAAAUCGGUUAUCAAAAUAUUCAAAUGCAUGGACAUGGCCAGACGACGGAUAGUGAGAAAAAGAUACAAAAAGUACAAACCCGCGCGGAAGAAGCGAAAGGGGCUACAUCAGUAGACAACCCCUCAGGGUCGGCAGUGGCUCACAGGGCAGCAACAGAUAAAAGAAGACGUCGUAGAUCCAGCACAAGUAGCAGCAGUAGUGAUGACAGUAGUACGAGUACGACUACUGACAGUUCAAGUGAUUAUGACAGUGACAGUGAAAGUUGGAAGAGUAAAACAAGUGGUACAAAAUCUAAACUUAGUGCACAUAGUUAUAGUAAACUGAAAGCCUUACAUGGUAGCCAUGCCGCCAAUUUGCCCAGUGUGCAACAAGCAACCCGCGCUAAGUCUAAAUCGCCAGCGCCUUCACCACAAAAGGCCGACGGUCAAGUUGAAAAGUCCAGUGCGAGUGCUAAUGAAACGCGUGUGAACGUUGAAAGUGAAGCAUUGCCUACAAACACAAAUGCGGGUAAUAGUGAUUCAUCCAGUGAGAGUGCCAAAUCGCGUCCGGCUUCGCCAGUGGUUAAAGUGCCAUUGGAUCCACAUGCUUGGAAUACGGAUGACAUUGCCAAGUGGGUGAAAUGGUUAACGAAUCAGUUUAAAAUUGAUCCUGAACCAGAUAUUGCACGUUUCCCCACUACUGGCGCUGAGUUGUGUGAAUUAAGUAGAGCCGAUUUCUGGGUGUGCGCUGGUUCGCGACAGGGCGGCAUUAUCCUGGCAAAACAUUUUGCCUUAACGCUGUAUAGUGCUACAGGACGUGAGACAAGUCCAAUGCUGAAUGAAGAUGAGCCAAAUCCCUAUCAACUCUUAAAUGCCGCAUCCCAUCGAUUGGUUGCGCAGGGUUCGGGACAAAUUCAACUGUGGCAAUUCCUGCUUGAGCUGCUCGCCGAUUCGUCUAAUGCCAGUUGCAUAACAUGGGAGGGCACCAAUGGCGAAUUCAAACUCAUCGACCCCGAUGAAGUUGCCAAGCGUUGGGGCGAACGAAAGGCAAAACCAAAUAUGAACUACGACAAACUCAGCAGAGCUUUAAGAUAUUACUACGACAAAAACAUAAUGACCAAAGUGCAUGGGAAACGUUAUGCUUACAAAUUUGACUUUCACGGCUUGAUGGCGGCCUGCCAGGCGCAGGCACAGGGUUGUGAUCCCACAACAAGCAUGUUGAGUUCCUAUAAACAUCAUCAUCAUCACCACAGUCAUGCCAUGGGGCUGCAUCCUCAUCAUUAUCACAACCUACAAACGGAUCUCACCUCACCAUCCUCCUCGUCCAGUCUUGGCUUUCCAUCACCUUCACCCACCUCAUUGCCCUCACCAAUUGGCAUGAGCAACUCACCGAACAUUGGUUUAACACAGCAUCAGCAACAACAAUUGAAUGCAACAAGUACAAAUUUAUUGCAACAACAGCAAUCAACCUUAACUACAACAACACCAACAAAUUUAACACUACCACCAACAACAACAACAUUAACAACCGUCUCAACGGGUACUGAGACGACACUUGUGAAUAGCAGUACCACAAGUAGUGGCAACAACAACAACAACAAUAGUACAGCCGUUUUUACACGCCCGCCACCAUAUUGGUCAUAUACGCCAGGCUCGUUUGAUUCACGUCCACCGCCUAAUACGUAUAAUUAACUCCCAAACGUUGUGUAAUUUAAGGUACUUAACUUAACACUUGACUUAGUGCAUAUUUGUUAGACAAUUGAGUGGUCCAUUGGUUUUUGUAUUAUGACCAAAAUAUACCACCCAUGGCGCACCUUUUUCCGUUUAUACAUAGAAAGGGGAAUAUGCUUAUAUUUAUACUAGUAUGUAUGUAUAGCCGGGUGUUAUAAGCAAUACUACUAGCCCAGCCAGAGAUUAUAUAAGUAUAAGUUACUAUGUAGUAUGCAAUAAAGCAACCUCUGGGUAUUUGCGGAAAUAUCCUUGGCUAAUAUAAAUUUGUAAUUGUAAGACUAUUAAUAUGUACAUAUGUUUAAGUAUGUGUGUGCAUAGGUACUAAUUGCAAUAUUAAAUUAUUUUUAUGGUGAAGUGUGGUGAAAAUGAUUUUUCCUUACCUCCGUAGAUAUGUGUUUAACUAUUCAAUUAAAGCUUUGUUUUACUGAAUCAUUAAUUUUAAAUACAUUUUCUGUGUGUAUAACCUGCAUUUUGUUAGUUAGCUAUAAGACAAACUCGCAAUUUUGAGUAAUUUGUAAUAUACAUACAUAAUUGAAAAUUGUAAUAAUCUAUUUAAUUUAAUUAGCUGUGAUUUUUACGAUUUUAUUUAUUGCAGACAUUUAUUGUUAAAGCUAUAGUGUUUUAGUUUUAAUGUGAAAUAUGAAAUUACCAAAAUUUGGUUCUAGCAAUUAUGUAGAGUUUAGUUAGUAUUUAUAAAAAUUUUACUGAAUUAAUGUAAUUUAUUAGUAGUUCGUUUGUAUAUAUAACUUUAAAUAUCAAAUUGUAGUCCGAUAAGUGAUUAGCCUCACCGCUCGAUAACACCACUCCUGCAAGUCAAACUACUAUUAUAGUGCUUUCGCACAGAAGUUAAUUGUGCAAUUAACCGGCCGUAGCUCAAUUAAAGUCAAUUUACAAUACAAAAGAAAAAUCUUAUUUUACUGCAUUAAUUUUAAAUCGAGUUAAAACUGUAGUGCAGCUCUGCGGCUUGAUUUGGUUGUGGUUAUUGAUAAAAGCGAAAUCAGCUGAUGAAACUUACCAACUUCUUAUAAAAAGCAAAAACAAAAAUGUUUAACAGCUGGAACGUAAUUGAGUAACCGCUGUGCGUAGAGCAAGAACUGGUUUCUCAAUUAUAAUUUUAAUAUACUAAAUUUAUUUGGUUGUGUGAGAAGGCUGUAAAAGAAGUAAUUAAAUUUUACUUCUUUUUUGGUAAGCUAAUUACUUAUCGGACCGCUCUCGUAUUGUAAAUUCUAUUUAUUUAUUUAUCAAUUUCUUUUGU